UAAAUAUGGGUAUAACCCCCAACCUUUAUGAAGAGUGAAGACGCAACACCCUCCUUUCAAUAUCGAUACUCCUCUCUUGCAUUAACUUUCUCUCUAAAAUUCGGACCACUACCACAUUUUCUCUCUCUAAAAUUCUCGAUCUCUCUCUCUACCCUCAUGGUUCACUUGUUCAAGCAUUCAUUUGCUCUCUCUGCUUUUCAUCUAGUAGAGCCGAUUAGGUUUGUUUCUUGUGAGAGGAAAAUAAUUGGAUUGAGCUGUAUCGGUAAAGGAGUACAGAGGCAAGAAGGUGUUGAUUCCGAGCAAAAGAGAGCUUACUCAAACAUAGUGUCACCUGAUCAGGCGUAUGUGAUCCACGAAGAUGAUGACGACCAGAGGUGCCGUUGCCGGAGCUUGCAUUGAUUUUUUGAGACGUUUGAAAUUUAUUCCAGAGGACCUGCAGCUUGUUAAGACCCCAUUCAUGAAAAAGGAUAAAAUGAUUGUCAUAAUGAAUGACGAAGUUUUACUUAUUAUGUUUCAGUAGUUUUAAUGAAGAUAAUUGACGGUGCCUCCAAAUUUCAUCUUGUUCUCGGAACGUUUUAGUCUUUCAAGAAAUAUGUACUGAAGCGCCCCCAUUUGAAGUUGAUGUGGAUGCUUGUCAAGACCCCAUUCAUGAAAAAGAUAAAAUGAUUGUCAUAAUGAAUGACGAGGUUUUACUUAUUAUGUUUCAGUAGUUUUAAUGAAGAUAAUUGAUGGUGCCUCCAAAUUUCAUCCUGUUCUCGGAACGUUUUAGUCUUUCAAGAAAUAUGUACUGAAGCGCCCCCUAUUUGAAGUUGAUAUGGAUGCUGUAUACAAAGUCAUCGGACCCGUAAUAAAAGUUGUUAGCAGACUUGAUACCGUUCUGAAUUAGGUGGCACAUUGACCUCCAUUGAAUGUAUUAAACACCAUAUCAUUCACACUUUCUCUUUUCUUCA